AUGGGCACCACCGUAUCACUAGGUCACUUCACCAUCGAAGCUCAGGCGGACGGUCGGAGUUUGCUGUGGCAGCUACUAGGUGCACGUCCUCGACGGGGCUGCUCGGAGCAUGGCGGCGGCGGCGACUGCGUGAGGUUAUAUAGGCAAAGCACGCAAUUAAAAGCUGCUUUUGCAUGUUUUUGUCUCUGUGUACAACCGAUGCGGUGGACGCAGCCAGUGCCAACCGCAAAGCACGCGAUUGAAAGCUGCUUUUUUGCAUGCGUUACCAGCAGUACAUUGAACGUGUUUUGUCUCUGCCUACAACCCAAGCGUGAGCUUGAGCUUGAGCGCGACUCUGAUUCCCCUGUUCGCCUCGCCAUGGAUCGCCCGCCACAUCUCGACAUCGACCUCAACAAGACGCCCUCGCCCUCGCCCUCGCCGCCACCGUCGCCCCCGCGCGAGAUCGCUGCCCCUGUUGUUGCUCCUCCGCCGCAGCUCCCGCCUCCCGCGAACGUGCAGGCCCAGCAGCAGCUCGCGCACCAGGCCCGCGAGAUAGCGUUGGCCUACCAACGUGGGGAAUGGUGGAGGUCAGCCUGUGCGGCCGCCAUCGCUGGUUCAUCGCUAGAGGUGCCGCCGCCGUCUGUUCUCCAGUCGCCCACCUUUGCUCUUCCGCCGCUGCCGCCGUCAUCAGUUCUCCAGUCGCCCACCUUUGUUCUUCCGCCGCUGCCGCCGCCGGCGAUUCUCCAGUCGCCCACGUUUGCUCCUCCGUCGGUGCCGUCGCCAGUUCUCCAGUCGCCCACUUUUGCUCCUCCCCCGCUGCCGCCGCCGGUUCUCCAGUCACCAACUUUUGCUCCAUUGUCACUGCCGCCGCCGCCAGUUCUCCAGUCAUCCACUUUUGCUCCUCCGUCGUUGCCGCCGCCGCCGGUUCUCCAGUGGCCCACUGUUGCUCCUCCGCCGCUGCGGCCAUCGCCCCAGAUCCCGCCUCCUGCCAACGUGCUGCAGGCUCAGCUGCAGCACGCGAACCAAGCCCGCGAGUUAGUGCUGGCGUACCACCGUGGGGAAUGGUGCAGGUCGGCCAUUGCCGCCACGGCCGCGACCGCAGGGUCGUCGGUGGAGGUGCCGCCUCGAGCACCAGCGCAGCACCCCGGAGCAGCCGGGUGGGGCGGGAACCCGUGCGCGUCCUGCGGCCUCCCCGAGCUGCCGGCGGCGACCAUAAUUUGUGACGCCUGCGAACGUGGGUUCCACGAAUCCUGCGUCAACGUCCGGUGUCCUCCGCCGCCGGUGCCCACCCCAGGCGUGCGGGUGCGGCGGCCUGAGGUGGCUGUGAACGAGGACUGGUUGUGCCCGGAAUGCGAGAUAGCUGGCGCCCGCCGUGCCGUGCCGCUCCACACCAACGAGGAUCCUGUUGCCGUCACCAUCCAAGAAAUCACCAGGCAAGUAAGUGUUGCUGAUGGAGCUCAUUCGACUGAAUUGGCUACUCCACAUUUUGAGGGGCUGCAGUUGAAUAGUACAACUCCUUUUGACGUGAAUCAUUGUAUGCCAGCAUUUGAUCAUCCUCAUUGUUUUAGCAUGAGACAACAAUUUCCUCAUGUGGGUCAAAAUGCCAUUGCUGAUGGAAACACAGAACAGAGGUCAAACCAUUCAUGCCACAAGAGAAGAGAUUCUCCACAAAUAUCAGCAUUGCCCAAGUUAUCUGAGAAGAACGAGUUUGGAAGUUCCAGCACUUUUAUGCAGCCAUCACUUUCUACGAAAGCACCAGCCCCGAGUCCUACAGAAAAAACAAAUCCACCAAAGCCUCCAAAAUUUCUUGCGGAAACUUGCAACCGUCAACCACAUCAUGGCAGUGUUAGCCUGCCUGUUCAAUAUCAAGAUUUCUUUAUAACUAACUUGGGAGAAAUUGAUAAAAAUGCAAGCUAUCACAAUUGCCAGCAGAUAUGGCCAGUGGGUUUUACAUCUUACUGGCAUGAUAGAGUUACUGGUUCACUCUUUGAGUGUGAGGUGUGUGAUGGAGGGAGUUCUGGACCUUUGUUUAAGGUCAGAAGGUUACCAUGUUCAGUGUUCCCCCUUCCAGUGGCCUCGACGAUUCUCUCGCAGAAUGGUGCAAGAAAGGCUGAUACAACUAAAACAAAGGAAAGUAGCAGUUUUAUUGGAGAUGCUGCUAAUGAUAUGGAAGAUAAUCUUUAUAUGAUGAUGGAUAUUCCAUCUGAGACCAAUCAAGAUUUCUUAUCAUGUCUUGCCAAUGAUACAGAGGAUAAAAGGACUUCAUUAGAUUGCAAUGAUGUACAGAGUCCAAAUAUGAUGUCGCAAAUACUGCCAUCAAAUUCUGAGAAUGUUCCACCAACUAAAGAAGCCAAUUUUAAUGACCAAAUUGGUGAGUUUACAUUUGAGGGAACAUCAUCCUCUUCAGUAUGGGGGGUCAUUUCUUUUGCUAUGGUGGAAGCUUGUGAAAAAAUGUACAAGGAACAUGGGCAUCUGGUAUUCUCAUGCACACACAGCUGCGAAAAUCAUUUAUUAAACAGGGGGAGUGGAUGUCAGAAAUUCGAUGGUCCUUACGCUCCCUUAACUAGAUUUUGCUCAUCCAAUGGCCCCAGUAUACCACGUAUUACAGAAAAGAAGAAUGAUGUGGAAUCUACUUAUACAUUACUGAAGAAGUGGUUAUACCAUGAUAGAAUUGGGCUUGAUUUGGAUUUUGUACAAGAAAUUGUGGAGUCUCUUCCUAGAUCCAUGUCUUGCAUAAACUACCAGUUCUUGUGCAAUAGGACCGAAUUUCUCUCUUCUGUGACAGUUGCAAAUGGUUUACUUUUAUCUGUGCAUAAAGAUGGUCAAAGUAAUGGAGAUACAUCAUGUGGUAGACAAGGUGCGGUGACUGGGGUACAUGAUCAUGGUCAGCCCAGCGGUUCUAUCAUCCGCGAGCUACCUCCGGGACGUCCUAUUAGCCGUAAGCUUCAACCAGAAUCGGCGGCAGAUGUAUUCAAGAUAUGGGAGUUUUUGGGGCGCUUUGCUGAAAUCAUUCAUCUCAAAGAAGUGCCUUCAUAUGAAGAAUUAGAAGAUGAACUUGCUGACCCAUGGCCAACUUGUGCAAGUCAGAAAGAAUCACUGUCAAAGGGCAUUGAACAAUGUAGGGAUUACUCUUCACCAAUGAAUUCCCCGGCAAAUGCUUCGAUAUCACAUUUAAAUACUGAAUCUGGUCUAUCCAACAAUGAAGAGAUUGUCUCUGUAUUUAUUCCUGUUGAAACUUCCUCUAUGAAGGAAGCUGGUCUAGAUAAAUUGGCAGCUCAGACACUUGGCAGGUGCACCGGAACAGUAUUGCCCGGGGUUCACCUUACACUAAUUAAGGUUCUUUUUGGUGAGCUAUUGUCAAAGCUGAACAUUGACCAAAAAGAACCAAAACCCAAGCGCGGAAGAAAGAAGGACACUGAGAUCCUUAUUUCAACAAAGGAAUUUAGCGUUGAUAUGCUAACUGCUAACAGGUUGACUUGGCCAGAGUUGGCUAGAAGGUAUAUGUUAGCUAUUUCUUCCAUAAAUGGGUUCAUGGAUGUGUCUAAUAUUUCCUGUCGAGAAGUGGUGAAGUUAUUCCGCUGCCUACAAGGUGAUGGUGGCAUAAUGUGCGGAGCAGUACCUGGGGUUGCCGGCAUGGAGAAAGAUGCCCAGCUGCUUCUGGAGGCGGAGAAUUUGAUAUGCAGUUCUCUACCAAGUGAUGGAAACAAGGUUUUCAUGAUGGAUUACAAGUAUUCUUCUGAGGUCCAUAUUGCUGAUAACAGAACAUUGCCAGAUUGGGCAGAACAACUAGAGCCUGUGAGAAAAUUACCGACAAAUGUGGGAACGAGAAUUAGAAAGUGUGUUUAUGAAGCUUUGGACCGAAAACCACCAGAAUGGGCAAGGAAAAUUUUGGAACAUUCGGUAAGUAAGGAGGUCUACAAGGCUAAUGCAUGUGGACCAACCAAGAAAGCUGUUUUAUCUGUGUUGUCAGAGGCAUGCCGUGUAAUAGUGCCACAGAAACCUGAAAACCCAAGAAAUGAAAGGAAAACUAUUUCCAUCUUAGAGGUUAUCUUGAAGAAGUGUCGUAUUGCUCUGCGGCAAGCCAUUUCCGCAGAUGAAUAUAAGCUUUUGGGGAAUCUGCUUGGUACUAUGCCAGUGAACUUUAAUGAGUAUGAGGAUCAGGCCAUCCUCGGAUUUUCUGGUAUGAUGCCACGCCCUUUGGACUUCCGCAUAAUUGAUAUAAGGUUGGCUAUGGGAGCUUACUGUGGAUCUUGGGAGACUUUUUCUGAGGAUGUGCAAGAGGUAAUCCGUAAUAUGCAAAUUAUAUUUGCUGAUCAAGCGGAUGUACUGCAAAUGGUUGAAGAAUUCUCUAAGACUUUUGAAUCAAUGUAUAAGACAGAGGUGCUCGACCUUGUUCAGAAAUUUGAUUGUUACCUGUCUAGUGAGAAUACUGGUUCAGAAAUUCAGGAGGAGCUACAUGAUAUUUUGACUGCAGCAACGAAAUUACCUAAAGCUCCAUGGGAGUAUGGUAUUUGCAAAGUGUGUGGCAUUGAUAGAGACGAUGACAAUGUUCUCUUGUGUGAUGAUUGCGACUCGGAAUACCAUACUUACUGCCUGAAGCCACCACUAGCUCGUAUACCAAAAGGAGACUGGUUCUGCCCGUCAUGCAUGUUGAAGAAAUCACAUCUUGACCAGGGUGCUCAGGAUUUGAAACAACGACGAAAAGGAGCAGAGUCUCAUGCCUUUAACGACAAACCAUCAUGCAUGUCAGAUCAAAAGAAAUCACAUCUUGACCAGGCUGUCGAGGAUUUGAAACAACAACAGAAAGGAGCCGAGUCUCGUGCCUUUAACGAAAAACCAUCGUGCAUGUCAGCUCAAAAGAAAUCACAUCUUGACCAGGGUAUUCAGGAUUUGAAACAACAACGAAAAGGAGCCUUUCACGACAUGCUUAUUAAGUUAGCUGCAACAGUGGAACAAAAGGAGUACUGGGAGCUUAGCACACAAGAGAGAAUAGAUAUGCUGAAAUUUCUAUGUGAUGAAAUGCUCAACACGGUCCUGAUAAGAGAACAUAUAGAAAAAUGUCCAGAUAAGCUGAAUGAUCUCCAGAAGAAGUUUCAUGCGUUGAAUUUUGAAUUGAAAGAUUUGAAACAUAAGGAGGAAAUGAGGAAUUCAUAUGCUAUACAUUGUUCUGGACUUCGGGAAAAUCAACACAAUGAAGUGGCCAUAGCAUCGGGCCAUCUUGAAGAGGCCGAUGAAAUGGAUAAUUUAUCGGACCAGAUUUCAAAAGUCCAGGAUUCAAUUUGCACAGUGGAGUCACAGCUUAAUAUCGCAUCCCUGAGAAGAGAUUUUCUGGGAAAAGAUUCCUUGGGUCGAUUGUACUGGGUUUUAGGACGAUCUGGUAAACGUCCUUUGCUGGUCGCCGAUGGAAGCAUGCUGAUAUGCAAGGAGAGGGACAUCUACCCACCCACUACUUCUGAUUGUAAAGGAUGGAAUUCUGCAUCUCCUGUCAUUUAUGAAUCGGAUGAAGAAAUCGGAACUCUUAUUGACUGGCUAAGGGAAUACGAUCCAAGGGAGAAGGAGCUGAAACAUGGUAUCCAGCAGUGGCAGCGGCAGCGGCAUCACCUGGGUAAUUUUGUUCUCAGUGAUCCUCCAGUACCAUCCAAGGCGUCCAACAGCGAGCAGCAGCUUAUGGAACUUCCCAGUACCAAGGCUGCAACAAUUUUGGAGAAAACAUGCCGCUGCGACUGCUUGGAGCGUAUAUGGCCUGGUCGACACCACUGCACAGCAUGUCACGAGACUUACUUGACAUCAACGGAGUAUGAAGGUCAUGCUGGAAAGUGCAAUGCACAUGUCAACAAGGAGAUCGAUUCUGCUAAUCCUAGCUCCUCCACCGCUGAGUCGACAAAACCGAUCAAGUCAUGCCCAUAUGACUUUGAAGAGAUUUGCAGAAAAUUUGUCACGAAUGAUUCAAACAAGGAGAUAGUGAAGAAUAUUGGACUCAUUGGAUCAAACGGAGUUCCGUCUUUUGUCCCUUCACCUGCAGCUUGUCUUGAUCCUCCAGUUCUUCUGAACCGAAACAAAAAAGAUGGCAUCCGAAAUGAUGAUUUGGUUUCCAGCUCCUUAGAGGAAUGCCAGGCAAUGUCGUCUGCACAAAAUUUGGGGCAGGAGGGGUCCAAUUCUGCUCAAAAUUGUCCUGGCAGUACUUCCUGUGAUGAAAAUUUGUCAAAAUCUAAGGAGCCAGCCCCUGAUACUGAUACUACCUCCAGUGAGGAGGCAGCAUCUUCUGCAACCGACAAGCCAACAAGAUUGCUAGCUGUUAAUGGUGGCUUGGUCCCGGAGUCAGCAUUGAGGCCUGUUACAGGAAGAAACUCUCAUAUCCUAAAGCAGCAAAAGAUAAAUUUGCUUGAUAUAGAUGCAGCGUUGCCUGAGGAAGCUUUGAGAGGCUCAAAGUCUCAACAAUGGAGACGGCGUUCAUGGCGUGCUUUUGUGAAGAAAGCAGAAUCAAUAUCCGAGAUGGUAGUGGCGACCAGUGUGCUGGAGAGUAUAAUAAAAUCUGAGUUCCUAAAGAAUGAUUGGUGGUACUGGUCCUCCUUCACAGCAGCUAUCAAGACCUCAACUGUAUCCUCGCUCGCUCUCAGGAUCUACACUCUCGACGACUGUAUCAUGUACACCAAGGAGCCUAACACCAUGCCGGCUGACAGUACAAAGGUUGUAAACAAGGGCAGGAGGGGGAAAGAGCCAGAACCAUCAGCGUCAUAAUCUGCGCUCCUCGAUCUACUGUAUACCCCAAACUUAGGUGUUCCGCAGACGGUGCAAAACAAUGUGAUGCUGUGGUGAUUGAUAGAGAUGCUAUAGUCUUUGGUUAUGUGGUCCCUUGAGACUUUAGGGCUAACUUUGAUUCUGGUGUUCCUGCGAGGGUGCAACCUUGACCAUUCAUUUUAAUAAGUCGUAUUCACC